GGCUUUAAAAUGCGGGGCAGUGGGAGUCAGCGAAUGAGAGUGUAGCGUUGGCUGGCUGUUAAUUGGCUAACUGUUAGCCGGUUUGUGCUUGGUACAUGUUGGUUUUGUUCCUGUUUGGUCAACAAAGCGGUUGAAAGGGCACCAGCUGUGUCUAUGCUUAAACACCUGUGGAGGGUUUACAAUUCGUUGUAACUGACGGUGGUAGCGUAUAUUAAAUUAGCUAAAGAUGUUUACUGUGGAUGUGCAGUUGUGUAAGACAGCUCUGCUUUGCAGUAGACACACGUUGCACUUUAUUUAUUUCUGUUUGAUGCAGUCUUACCUCUUGGCUCGUGCUUGUUGCUACGUGAGUCUGCCCCCUGGUGGGCUUUCCUUUCCACUGCAUGUGAAUAGUAAACGAAACCUUAUGAUUACAUUAAAUGGUUCCAUUUUCGUUCUCUGGUCAGUGCUUUACAUCGAUUUUCCUUUUCAAUCCAAUAAUUUUCACGGUUCAUCAUGAAAAUAGCUGAAUAUUCAUAUUUCCUGUUGAAAUGCAUCGGAAGCGCGGCCCCGAGUCACGUUGAGUCAUCGCUCGCAGGAUGCUUCAAAAGACCACGUGCACAUCCAGUCAGGCAGGCUGUGAUUGGUCCGUGGCUUCACACAAGAGACAUUGGUGUUUCCUCAUGACAUCACCAACGUUUUAUCACACAUGCACUGCACUUCCUGACGUUUAACAGACUCAUAUAAAAACGGUGCCACAACCAGCAUGCGGCAGUGUUGAGUUGAGCUUCAUCGAGUUCCAGUCAGUGCCUCACCAAUCACAUCACGGGUCUGUAGUCUUGGUCAUUGGAGGAAAACCAUCACAAAAUCCCGCCGUGAUAUACUGGAGUGAAAAAUCUGCGAUAUAAAAUUAGAAAUGUACGAUUUAAAAAUCGGCCAUACAGUGAGACUGCGAAAACUGAAAGCUGCGGGUGGAGCAUGGGUACGACUGCCAGCGCAGCGCCGCCGCCGCCGCCGCCUGAAAGCAUCCACGGCGACGGGAUGGCCGACGGCAGGCCGUCACUCGGCACGAGCCCCUUUCACACGGUCAACGUCCACAACAGCAAGGCCAAGUCCAUUAUCACCAACAAGGUCGCACCUGUGGUCAUCACGUAUAAUUGCAAGCAGGAAUUUCAGAUUCACGAUGAUAUCCGCAAGAGCAACUACAAAGUUGGACGGAUAUCGGACGCCAUGCCCGAGCAUUACCUGGUGCAGGGCGAGUACUUCAUGGUCCAGGACGUGUACGGAAAAGCCGACGUCCUCAGCACGGCGAGCUCCUUCGGGGCGCCCAACUUCCGCCGGGUGAAGGGAUCGUCGUACCCGCUCUACGGGAUGGGUCAGCCCAGCCUGAGCGGCUUCAGGCGGGUCCUGCAGAGGCUCCGAGCGCAAGGACACCAGGAGGUGAUAUUCAUCUGCGUGCGAGAGGAGCCGGUGGUCUUCCUACACAAAGGCGACGAUUUUGUUCCGUACACCCCCAGGAGGAAGGAGAACCUCCACGAGAACCUCCACGGCCUGGAAAAGGAGCCGGUGGAAGCGCUGGAGCUGACCGUCAGGAAGGAGCUCCACGACUUCGCCAAGCUCAACGAAAACGUCUACUACGUCUACAACGACAUCGAGUACCUGAAAGACGAGCCUCAGAAGAUGCUGAUCACGUGCGAGGAGGACAUCCACGUGACCGAGGAGGUUUACAAGCGGCCCGUGUUCACCAUGCCGACCUACAGCUAUUACAGAUUACCGCUACCUGUAGAGGGCGCACCGUUGGAGGAAGACUUUGAUGCUUUUGUAAAUAUACUCAGGGAGCGCCCCAGCUUGUCCCUGCGCCGCGCGGCGCCGCCGGCGGAGCCGCCCGCUCUGCUCUUCAGCUGCCAGGUAGGCGUCGGCCGCACCAACCUGGCCAUGAUCCUCGGCGCCCUGGCCAUCAACCGACUCCGGGGCGACUCACGCCCGCCUGCACUUGAGGAGGUGGCCGAGGCACCUCCAGAGCCCAGACCGGUUUUCCGCAUCAUCCAGACUCUGAUCGCCAAGCUGCCGAAUGGACAGCAAGUCACGGAGGAGGUGGACCGGGCCAUCGCGCUGUGCGCGGAAAUGCACAACAUCAAAGACGCAAUCUACGAGAACAAAAGCAAGCUGGAGGGCAUCGGAGAUGAUUAUCAGAUUCAGGGGAACAGCACCAAAGAGUACUUCCGCAACAGAACCCGGCAGAGCUUGGAGCGCUACUUCUACCUGAUCGUGUUUAACGCGUACCUCCACGAGCAGUACCCGCUCGCCUUCGUGUCCAACUUCAGCCAGUGGAUGUGCCGCCACACUUGGCUCUACCGCCUGCUGGCUCGUAUGGACCUUUCCGAGCUGUCGGCGCCGCCCCAGCUGGUCACCAGAGGAGCCAGAGUCCUGGUGGCGGGCGAGUAUUUGGCGCCCGACGUCCUGAGAACCGCCAAGGAGAUGAAGGCGCUCAACUUCCGACGCGUGCCCAAAAUGCCCGUCUACGGGAUGGCGCAGCCCACAUCUGAGGCCGCCGGAGCCGUGCUGGCCCACCUGACGGACGAGAAGCGCCAGCACAACCGCGUUCUGUGGGUCAACCUGCAGGAGGAGCUGGUCUUAGAAGCUAACGGGCAGAUCUUCACGCCCAGGGAGCCCUCGCGCUUGGAUCAGCACAUCGCCGUCCCGACGUCAGACCCGCACGUCAUUGAGAAACUGGAGAGCUGCCUGAAGGAGGAGAUCCUGCGCGCCCAGAAGUGGUUGGAGGUGACGCUGGAGCAGGAGAAGCAGAUGAAGAUUUUGAAGAGCGUCCUCACGCCGCAGGAGAUCUUUGCGCAGCACAAGAAGGCCACGCCGGCGCUCGCCUACAAGCGCGUCCCUCUGCCCGACUGCGCCGCCCCACGCGAGGAGGAUUUCGACGAGCUGCUGGACGCCAUGAAGAGCUCCCUGGCCGAGGACUCGCGCUCGGCCUUCGUCUUCAACUGCUCCGACGGCAAAGGCAGGACCACCACGGCCACGGUGGUCUCCGUGCUGACUCUGUGGCACUUCAACGGCUUUCCGGAGUUUGCCGAAGACGAGAUCGUCAGCGUCCCUGAUGCCAAGUACACAAAAGGAGAGUUUCAGGUGGUGAUGCAGCUGGUGCGCCUGCUGCCCGACGGGCAGCGCAUGAAGCGCGAGGUGGACAUGGCGCUGGACUCUGUGUCGGAGACCAUGACGCCCAUGCACUACCACCUGAGGGAGAUCAUCAUCUGCACCUACAGACAGAUCAAAAGCGGCAAGUCGGAGAAGGAGUGUCAUCAACUCCUGCUGAAGAGUCUGCAGUAUCUGGAGCGCUACAUUUACCUCAUCCUCUUCAAUACGUACCUGCACCUGGAGAAGAAGGACUCCUGGCAGCGUUCUUUCACGCUCUGGAUGGAGCAGGUGGCGUCCAGGGCGGGCGUGUACGACGUCCUCAACCGGCUGAGCUUCUGCGAGUUCAAGACCCCGGGGGACGCCCCGCUGGCGCGACUGCGCCGGCGCCGGCAGCAGCAGAACCUCCUUCCGGAGCUUCCUUUCCGAGGGCACUUCCUCUGAGGGGGGAAAAGCACGCGGCGCCGUGCGCUUCCCGCCGGUUCCGAUGACGACGAGACGACACGGACGCGGCUUUGACCGCUCGACAGCGAUGGAAACUCGAGUCGACUCGUCUCACCUUGUUUUGGUGACUUUUGACUUGACGAAAACUAAAAGACUUGACUCUCGAGACAGUGAAAGCUCGAAAAACUUGACGGCGAUUUGUAUAUGUUAGGUUUCACGUUGACGUUAAUUAGCACGUGUCGGUAUUGGAGCGCACGCCGGGAAGGGCCCGUGUCGUGAUCGGACGAUGGCCCCGCCCCGCCAGUCCGGGAAGGGCUCGGUAACGACGACGAACUGUAUUCAGAAGAACUCCAUUCUAGUUUUCGUCCCGAACGAGGCAGAGGCUUAUUCCCAAGGAAAAGUGUCUUCAGUGCUUUCAUAACGCGAUGCAUCGUUUCAACAUUGACACCAGUGGGACCUGUUUUCGGGUUUAGUUGAUUCAUAAAGUCUGACUCCCAACUAAAUUGUACAAACUAUUUGCCAUAGGAAAUAAUGUAAAUCCGAUUCAUCUAUUCCAAGCACCCCAAAAUAUGAACCAAAAAAUCCUUUUCUAGAGAAUAACUAAUAGUUUUACAUAUGGAAAACAAUGUGAAAUCAAUACGAUUCAUGAAAUCCCGGUGAGAUGGGCGACACGUACUUUGCUAAGAGUUGUUUCUUGAAAUUCGAUUGUUUCUCUUGCUGUAUUUGGCUGAUGAUGAGGACUGAUGCUCUGAACUUUCCGUGACCCCUCGGUGGCUUACUUGGCAGUCGGCAAGUUUUCCAUCCGAAACCGCGUCGACGUACGUGAAAAAAACAAAAAUAAAAGUCAUCGAAAACCGAAUCGUACGAAAACUAGAGCAAACCAAAGUUCCACUGUAUAGAAAAAUACAAACUUUUUUUUUUUUUAAACAUUUCUAAAUGAUUAAAUGCAAAUGUAUUGUACUUAAAAGUUAAAUACAGCUGAACUGUACUUAACAAAUGUACUGUGCUGGAUUACCCCCCCCGCCCCUCCCCCCCCCAAAAAAAAAAAACAGUUGCCGUCACUGUCACAUUAUGCACAAUUUGAACAUUUCAUUUGGUGAUUCUUCACGUACCACCAGAGGGAGCCCGCGCCACACUUUGAGAACCGUCGGGUCCGAGAAAUUGGCAGAUCUUGUCGUUAUUUGACCUUAUUGGUCUUCCGUCUUAAUCGAGACCAGAUACCGCGCGCAAGACCGCGUUCCAAAGGCGACUCGACUCGCCGAGUACAAAUCGACUCGGCCAAAUCGGCUCGUACAAAUCGCUUCAUCCAAACGGACGGACUUGCUUGCGACGUGAAGGUUAAGACUUCCUUCCGCCUGCGUGACUCGAUUCCAUCUUUGCCGAAUGCUAACCCAUUGGCAGUUUUUUUGUUUUUGUAACAGUCUUGGCAUUUAAAAAUGACCACAGUUUUACUCCGAUGUUGGAUUCCUUCAUGUAAGUUCCGCUCUCGUGGGCUCGAACGGCGGCCCUUUUGCAACCCGGCUGUGAAUCAGAAGCACGUAAACAAUAAAAAAAGCGCUCUGCACUUGAACGAACGAGUCUUCAGGCUGCGCUCAACAAGAAGAUUCUGAAUUUAUUCUAGUAAAUGUAUUCAUUUUCAUUCCUUUAACAUGCCUUUGUCUUGGAAUUCUUUCGUCUGGUCAAGUUGCGACCUUAUUUCCCUCGAAUGAAAAGUUUUGUCGUCAUGUUGACUGAAGCGUUCCACGUCAAAAUGACCGCGUCGUUAAAUCGCAAACCUUUUUCUUGUAAUAAUAAACUUCUGCUCCUAAAAUGCCAAGCUAACACUUAUAAAUUGACUUCACGUUUAAAUGACAAAUGUUUUCUCAAGAGUUUUACUUUUUCACGUUGGUUACUUUUUCUCGUACAAUGACAACUUUAUUUGUAUAAGAUCAGGGCUUGUGAAAAAGUUAGGAUUUAAUUGUCGUACUUGUUUGACUUGAUUCUCACAAAAUUACGAUUUUUUUUUUUUUUUUUUUUUUUUUUAAGAAUACGGACAUUAUGUCGUCUUGUAAAUUUCACGAUGAAAUGAACACUAUUCUACAAGUUUGGCUUUAUUGUCAUGAAAUCACAUUUUUCACUUUUUCACCUCAAAGUGAAACUUUUUCUCUCGUUUAGAGUUUGACUUAAUUCUCGUAAGAUUCGGACUUCGGACUUUCUCGUAAAAUAUAUUUUUGAAAAUGAUCAUUCUUAGGCUAUUAGGGCUUUAUUCUCGUAAAAAAAAAAAAAAAAGUAGCGGUUUUAUUCGCAUUUGAGUUUGACUUGAUUAGCAUAAUGACAGUUUUGUAAUAUUGACUUUAUUCCUUGAACAUUCUGACUUCAUUCUUGUGAAAUUGCAACUGUCGUCUGGUCAGAGUUUGACUUGAUUCUUCUAAGAUCCCAACCGCGUUCUUGUACCAUCAGGACUUGAUUGUAUCUUUCCUGGUGAAACUUCUGACUCGAUCCCCGUGGGAGCCGUUUCACAUGCGGGUACUAACGGCUGCUUAGUUUCUGUCUAACGUUGCCUUUACGUUAGAGAUUUCGAUGUUACUUUCAAACGUUGACUGAUGAUGAUGAUGAUGAUGUUUCAAAACAAAAAGCGACUUCAUUUCUUUUCAGUUUGUCAUCAUGUCUUGCCAUUGAGGCCAUGUAUUGUUUCCUCUUCCUUUUUUAAGAGCUCAAUAAAGUAUUGCGAUAGA